AUGAGUGAAGAGAAAUUGACAAGCAACCCUGAAGAUCAACGUGUUUACAACGAAAAAGAAGAAGUAGUGGACAUAGAAACUUCUAGUUCUUUGCCCCGGAAACAGAUAGAAAAGAGACCAUCGCUCUUGGAUCGCUUAAUGAGAAGAGGAAGCGAAAGCAAAGAACAAGAAAAUAGCAACCCACAAGCUCCAGAAAGAGAAGAUGAGUUGCCGCCACUUUCCGACUUGAAACUUGUCGGUUACAAAGAAACCACACGCAGACGGCUUCUAGGAGGCGAAUUGGCACAUAAUAUCCGCAAUCUUGUGCCUCGACGUCUCCAAUUGGCGUCGGAAUGGAAUUUGGUAUACUCGAUGGAACAGGACGGAAUUUCACUUCGCUCGCUCUACCGGAACAAUGAUAGAGAUCAGCAAGUGGCACAAGUGAAACGUCAACGGAAAACCGUAGACGCAGGAUACGCCAGUCUGGUGGUGAAUUCCAUGGUGGGGAGCCAUGAGUACCACAAUGAAAUCAGACGGCCAGUAGGGUACGUUUUGGUGAUUCAGGACUCUACGGGAGCAAUCUUCGGGAGCUAUCUCAACGAGAAUUUGCGAUUGAUGGAACACAAACGGUACUACGGUAAUGGGGAGUGCUUUUUAUGGAAAUGUGAACGUACUGGAGACGGUAGCAUGCGGUUUAAGGCAUUCGUCUACACUGGUAUUAACGAUAAUAUUAUUUACUCCAAUAGCCAAUUCAUUGCUAUCGGGUCGUCCGAUGGCCACAACGGCAUAUGGAUCGACAAACUGCUCUGCAGCGGUGUUUCAGCUUAUUGCGAAACCUUCGGUAACGAGGUUCUAUGUGGGUCCAGCCACGCCAGUGGCUCAAGACCAAAUGCCAAGGAGUCGCGAUUCGAAAUUAUAGGCUUGGAAGUUUGGCGUAUCGGAGAUCCAUAG